CCGGCCUCCGGGAUGAAGGCGGCUCCGGCCGGGGGCGAGGAGGCGCCGCCCGGCGCGCGCUCGGUCAAGGUGGUCCUGGUGGGCGACGGCGGCUGCGGGAAGACGUCGCUGCUGCUGGUCUUCACCCAGGGAGACUUCCCCGAGAACUACAGCCCGACCGUGUUCGAGCGCUACUCCGCCAGCCGGCAGAUGAAGGGUAAAGCAGUGCACCUGCAGAUCUGGGACACCGCAGGGCAAGACGACUACGACCGCCUGCGGCCUCUGUUCUACCCCGACGCCAACGUCCUGCUCCUCUGCUUUGAUGUCACCAGCCCCAGCAGCUUCGACAAUGUCUUCAGCCGGUGGUACCCAGAAGUGACCCAUUUCUGCAAGCAAGUGCCCAUCAUCGUGGUGGGCUGCAAAACAGACCUGCGCAAGGACAGGUCGCUGGUGAACAGGCUGCGCAAGAGCGGGGCGGAGCCAGUGACAUACCACAGGGGCCAGGAGAUGGCGAGGUCCGUGGGCGCCGUGGCCUACCUCGAGUGCUCUGCUCGGCUCCAUGACAACGUGGACGCGGUCUUCCAGGAGGCGGUCGACGUGGCGCUCAGCAGCCGCAGCCGCAACUUCUGGCGGAGGCUCACCCAGAGCUUCUGUGUGGUGAUCUGAACCGCUCGGGGCUGUGGCAGGGAGGGGUACCCCUGCAUCACCCCUCAACUGCCGCCCCCUGCAGAGCAUUGCCCCACCAGGCUGGCCCCCACUUGCAUCUCCGUGGAGGCGCAGCCCGGAGCCCAGGCCUCAGACUUGGAACCCUGAACUGAGAAAGGC